AUGAGCAGCAGCGCAGGAAAGGUUGUGUGCGUCACCGGUGCUUCCGGUUACAUCGCUUCAUGGAUCGUCAAAUUUCUUCUCCGUGGUGGUUAUACCGUUAAAGCCACCGUCAGAGACCCAAAUGAUCCCAAAAAGAUCGAUCACUUGCUUAAACUUGAUGGCGCUAAGGAGAGAUUGCAACUCUUCAAAGCUAAUCUACUCGAAGAAGGUUCCUUCGAUUCUGUUGUUCAAGGCUGUUAUGGUGUUUUUCAUACUGCAUCUCCUUUUUAUCAUGAUGUUAAGGAUCCUCAGGCUGAAUUAAUUGAUCCUGCCUUGAAGGGAACUCUCAAUGUUCUCAAAUCAUGUGCUAAAUCUUCAUCUCUCAAGCGUGUUGUUUUAACCUCUUCUAUGGCUGCUGUUGCGUACAACGGAAAGCCACGCACUCCUGAAGUUGUUGUUGAUGAGACUUGGUUUACUGAUCCUGAUCUCUCUAGGGAGUCAAACCUGUGGUAUGUGCUUUCAAAGACAUUGGCUGAAGAUGCUGCAUGGAAAUUUGUAAAAGAAAACAACAUUGACAUGGUUACUAUUAACCCAGCUAUGGUAAUAGGGCCUCUAUUGCAACCAGUCCUAAACACAAGUGCUGCUGCAAUUCUAAACCUGAUAAAUGGUGCACAAACAUAUCCAAAUGCUAGUUUUGGAUGGGUCAAUGUGAAAGAUGUUGCAAAUGCCCAUAUUCUGGCGUACGAGAAUGCUUCGGCUAGUGGAAGACAUUGUUUGGUUGAGAGAGUCGUGCACCACUCAGAAAUUGUGAAGAUUUUACGUGAACUGUACCCUUCGCUACAACUCCCAGAGAAGUGUGCAGAUGAUAAGCCGAAAGUGCCUACAUAUCAGGUUUCCAAAGAAAAAGUGAAGAGCUUGGGAAUCGAAUAUAUUCCUUUGGAAGUGAGCAUCAAAGAGACUGUGGAAAGUUUGAAAGAAAAGAAGUUUGCCAAGCUUUAA